AUUUUUUUCCCCCGAGGGAUGCCUCAGGAUCCCUUAGAUUAUUCGUGUCUUCAGCUUCAGGUUCCUGGAUCCGCCCCAGGUCACAGUUAAAGUUAGAGUUACUAGAAGUUUCUGAACUCUAUAAUUUCAUGAGAAAAUAUGUCCUUGGUCUUCAGAAAAUAUCGACAAUCGAAGAACAAAUUAUUACUCUACUUUUCCCAAGACAACAUAACUUGAAACUAGUUUUGAAGUAGGUACGGUGAGUGUAUUAAGUAUAUGACUAAUUCAAAUCUAAUUAAAAUUCUUUCUUUUUUCUUUUCUUUUUCUUCUUUCUUCUUUGUGAUGAAAAGGUGUAAAUCACACCUUGACAAUCAAGACGAAUUUAGACAAUCCGGAUCAUUAAUUAAACAUGUUCAAGUGUAACUUACGAUUUUUAUUCAAUGUACAAGAUUUACUCUUUUUAAUUUUCGUUUUGAGGUAAAUUGUUAUAAUAUUUAGGCAUUUUCAGGAUUAGUUUCCUUUGACAAUAGUAGAAAUUCCAUAACAAAUUGAUACCUCCGAAUUUUUUCCUCUUCUUAUUUGUUGAGGUGUGUGUGUGUGUGUGUGUGUGUGUGUGUGUGUGUGUGUGUGUGUGUGUGCGUGCGUGCGCACGCUUGUGUGUGUCACAUGAUAGUGGUACUAAAUUAAAAUGAACGAAGCAAAAAGAUUCUGUAUUAUUUUCAUGCUAAAAUAAUCCUGUUCGUGAAUUCUAUUUGACAAAAACUCGGAAUAAAUUUAAGGAAUUUGGUGAUGAUUAUAUGUCAUUAUCUGCAUUUUCUAGUAUUUCCAAUAUAUAAUUCUAAAAUUGUGGGAGUCGAGUUCGAAAAAUACAUUUCUCUGCCUUUUGGCAUCAGGGAUUUACGCGACCUAAAAUAAAUUCACGAGCAGAAGAGUUAAUUUCCUAAAAGGAAAUGUUAGCCAGUUCUAAUAUAUCCAGGAAAGAUCUCGUGCAUCAUUUCUUUAAAUAAACUGUCAAAACGUUUCAGGGCACAGGAAAGCGUGCUCGUCACCUACAUCUACACUAUUGUAAUGUUAAAUCAAAAUUUCUAACAUCACAGGGAAGUGUACAAUUAUUAAGAUUUUUAAAUUUGUUGACCUUUAAUGCAAAGUUGUGAAGAAUAAGGUCUUCAACGAAAAUAGGUUUCUGCAAAAAGUUAGAAAUUGUAUAUUUACAAUUUUCUGGAAAGUAUAAAAAUAUCCAUCUUAAGAGUUUCAAUGAAAUAAAAGAUGUUUUCUUAGGGAAGUAAAGAUUGAUUAUGUACAUGUAUCCUCGUCAGAAAAUUUAUUUUUGCACUGGCUUGGUUUCGGGCUGUUCUUUCAACUAUUUGAAUGGAUAUGCACAGAGAUAUUGUUACAAAUCCACAAACACCGAGAAUCACCUUAUAUUUUAUAUCUUUAUUUUAAUAAUUAUAUUUUACUAAAUUUUGGUUUUCAAUAUAUCAUUAAAGUGUGCGACAAAUUAAAGUUUUAGCAUUCUACAAUUUCCCUUUCUUUCCCAACUCGUGAUUAGAUGCAUAUAUAUCUACCAUGAAAAUAUUUUAUGUGUACGUAGGAUUUUAAAUUUCCCAGGAUAAUAACAAGCGUUAGAGAAGUAAAUCUAUCGACUAAUUUCCUAAACGGAAAUUUGAGGCGAUGUUUCGCCAUUUUGUAAUGAUUUUUCAUGUUUCAAUCCCUCAGGGAGUACAAACAAGAAUCGUUCAUAAAUCAUUGAUUUGCCAAGGGUAUUGAUUUUUAUUGAUAAAAAAGGAGAAGAAAUAAUACAACUUAUAAAUAUAUUUUAUUAUUUGUUACGUAAAUAUCUUAUGUAAUAGGAUUAGACGGAUGACAAAGUAUACACGCACAUACAUGUAUUUCCACAAGGUUACCACGUGUACAUUUUCUAAAUGCAAUUAUUUAUGAUUACCAGGUGUUACAUAUAGUAAUGGAUUGAAUAGUAUCUAUUUGCAUGAAUUAAAUUCAUUUUUUGUUGUUGUUAAAUUGCUAAUAGAUUUAUUAAAAUGAAAUUUACAAUGAGCUGUAAUUAUAAUACAAUCAUCCCAAGUCGGAUACUAAUUCUUUCAACGCACCUAUCAUUUAUAAUAUACAUACAUUUACGGAGAUACAAAGAAAACCUAGAGACAUAAUCACCUUAAUUUAUAAGUAGUGAGGAAGAUAUCAAAUAUAAUAGAAAGUAAAGGUACAGAAAUUAGAAUGGCCGAAAUUUUGACAAUUGCAUAUUGUUCGUAUUGUUAGUAAUUUUAGAUAUAUAUAUAUAUAUAAAUAAUAUAGGUAAAAUAUUUUGUCAUAUUUUAUUCAAUAAUAUAUAUAUAUAUAUAUAUAUAUAUUCUAACAAUACGAACAAUAUGAAAUUGUCAAAAUUUCGGCACGACUUGUCCCUACUUUAGGACGACAAGAUAUUUACAUAGAAAUGAAAAUAUAUAAUAAUUAUAAUAUUUUAACAAAGGAAGCUUUUUUAUUUACAAUGGUUUUUUUCCGGAUUAGGUUUAUUGCUGCCAAAUAAAAAGCCGAGAACAGAAUGAAAAAAGUGCAACAGCAGUUGACAAUUUUGUUUUUCAAUUUCCCGUAUAUGAGCAUUCAAAUGCAAAUAUAUCAAAUAAUAAAUUGUUUAACUCAAUGUGCUCCCGUCCAAAUACUCGUAAAUAAAAGCCGUCAAAAAACCAUAAUUUCUUGUUGUACUACAGUAUUUACUGAACGUCCUCCAAAAACACGUCACAAUUUAACUAGUAGAAUAUUACAUAUAACUAGAGUACUCUAUACUUUGACGACAGGUCACUCAGCUGUUGGAUAUAUUUGUAACUUACAUGUUUAUGCGAUAUCAAGCCUACACGCGUGUUUGAGUUUAUAUCAAUGUUGAAAAUGUGCCUGAUGCUUAUCUAGGAACAAACAUUAUCAAUGAUUCGGGAUAUCACACGGGGAGGGGGGAUCCAAAUAUGACCAGAAAUUGAGAUAUCUAAAAUACUUAUCAAACUUAUAUUUUUUUGAUGAUCAUAUCCAAAAUAUAAUGAGCAUACUAUCAUAUCGAGAAGCAUAGAGUUUCACGGAAAAUUUCUGGUAUUAACUGAUAAACUGAAAACAAUACACCAUGAAUCUGUCUAAUAUUCGCAUUCAAUCAAAGGCUUUUUUCUAUGUAUAUGUAACGGCCUCUUCACACGCUUCAGCACAGCUGUGAUUGUAGGUCAUUAGAUUUUCAGAAAACGUUGAGUACUUCUGUACGCCUAUCCCUAACUUUGACUUGGUCCUAGAUUUUGUACAAAAGGCCUUUAUCGCAGUUUAUGCUUAGUGGUAUCACCCAAUCGGAGCGCAGCAGAUUAGCCAAUCAGCGAUCACCAAGCGAUGGAACGCGGAAGUUUUAGUAAAGCUAUCUUUUACACUUAAAUUUUUUUUUUAUUUAAACAUUUCGUUAAAUGCAUUUUUCUACACACUCCAAUAAAAGAAACAAACUGCUAAAGGAUAUCUAGAAAAAUAAAUUUAAUAAAUGCUAUAUAAAUUUUCAGAAACAAUUCUGAAAGAAGAGAAAAUAACAAAAAGAAUAUUUCAUUUAUAUAUUUAUUAUAAACAGCAACCCACCCACCCCCGAAAGUACAAUUUUGCAAGUUUUAGAAUUGUCAAGAAAACUGCAAUUAGUGGAAGAGACUGAGAAGCGAAAGUGUCGGACAACUCACCAAGCUAGGGACAAUUUCACGUCAUUAAUCCAAUUAUAGGCACAUCGUUAGAGAACCAAUCAACUAUAGAACCCACUCCAGAAACGCCCAUCACAAGAAUCGAUCAAGAAGACGUGGAUAUAAAGUUUUUAGGAUUUCUGGGGGCAUUUUCAUAUUGCAAAGAAAAUAAUGCGCCUAGAAACCCACAAACUGCAUACCCCGCUCGUGCUGGUCCUAGAUUAAUCAAGACGGACAUGUUGUUACGUAAUAUUCGUUUUCUCCGAAAUCCAUGGACAAUUAUAAUUCAAAGAAAAACCAUACACCCGUGAAGACUAUGAAUGAGUGCUAUUUCACGCAGUCUACUGCAAAUCCACUGAACUAGAUAAUAGAUAAGUCACAUCGACCUUUAACAAAUAUCAAUCUUGAACCACAAGUCGAAUGAAACCAACCGUUGUGCAAUGUUUGCCAACUAAGAAGGGUGUUUAAAGGGGAAGCUGUUAAUUUUCUUUCCCCCUACAUUUAUAAAGGGAUAUCUUUUAUGCACACUAUGUAAAUAAAAUAUUCUCCACAGAGAUAAAGAGAUAGAAAAAUCAAUCUGAUCAAUAGAAGUCUUCAAAGGAAAUAAUUACAGAAUUAAAAAAAAGAAAGAAGAAAACUGGAGAAAGCGACUUGAAGAAGAGAAAACAAAUAUUUGCAGGAUGAAGUACUGUAUACCAGCAAUUCUCUGAAAUCAGAAAAUAAUUCAAACCUUUGUAAUAGAGGCGAAAAUAGUUUGUCACAUGCGAUUGUUUUAAACAAGAAUUUUGAACAUCCGGAGUGACUAAGAGACGAAAGGGUUAAAGUGCAAACUUAACAAUACUCCUUUAUGGAGAAAAUUUAACCUCUAGGAUAUAAGCAUAUUGAUGAAGUCAUUAAAAAGUAGUAGAUUGUCGGACUAUUGACAUGUAAAUCACACACGAAAGCCGCGCAAUUCUAACAGGAAAAUAGGGGAAACAAUAUGAAACGUUAACAUGAUACAACUGAAAUUAAUGAAGACACUGCUGGAUAUAACAUCAGCUUUUGUGGGAGAAAAUUCAAAUUUCUUCACUCCAGACAUAUUGCAAGAGUUGCCAAGAAAUGUUCUGAUAAACAUUCUGCCAUAUUUGAAUGCUGCAUUUCUACACAAAAUAUGCAUACAAAUUCCAGACCUCAAGUGUUCAGAGUUGUGGAAAAAGCAUGUCCAGAAGAGAUGGAAUUUCUGGAAUCGAGUCGGUAGCACCUAUUCCACUGUCUUCAGUGAUAGUGAGAGGACAGAGGACUUCCAUAAAGUGUAUCUAAUCAAACAUUUUCUGGAUCUGCUGAAUUACUGCUGUCUCAAUGUCCAUGUGCCAGACCCUAUUGGAUUACUAAAUUGUCCUCUACACAAAAUGAAACCAUGGAAUAUAGUUACAAGUUGCUCUCUACAGUCUGCUAAGUACAUCAAUGAACUCGUACAUUACGCUCAGUAUGCAGAAUCCGUGAGCUUGGUGGGCUCCCAGUGCAGUUGGAUCUGUUGUCAGAAAGAUGUACUAAGCCGUUUGCUAGGUGCAACAAAAAUUGUCAAUCUGCACGUAGUUAAUGAUACCUACUACGAUGGCGUUAGAACUCUGUUGUGGAAUCUUAUUAACAGAGGUAAACUAGAGGAAGCAAACUUUUCUUCCAUCACCCUGACAUUAUCUUUGACGAAUCUUCAUGAUUUAUUAAAGAUUUGUGCGGGUGUAAAUGUGAGUAGAACAAUGAAAACUGACACUCCUCUCAAGAGGUCCCGAAAACGUCCAAGAGAGUCCAUAGAUGAAGGUUCCAGUAGUUACACAACAUCAGUUAUUCUGGAUUCUGGCUAUGAUUCUCCUCUAAGUAAGAGGGUAUGUGUGAGAUUAGACGACCCUGACAAUUCUUUAGACAACUCCGUGGUGAGUAUAACCACUACAGAGGAAGUCCCUAGAAUUGUAGAUGUCAUUGAUUUCACCGGUGUUCAGAAUGAUGACCCCCAACCUUCCACAUCAAGUGGGAAUUCAGUCACAGUUUCAGAAGAAUUCUCUUAUGAAGAAGAAGAAUACUUCGGCCAAGAAGCAGGUGGACAGUUGGAAAUGGAAGAUAUGUCUGCACUUUAUGUUUCUGGUAACUUUAUGGCUGGUAGGUCGAUUUCUAAUGAUAGUGAUUUGUAUGAUGAGGCUGUUCAACCAAUUGUGAGAAAGUCUUCCAGUAGACGGCGUUCAUAUCCCCCCAUACCUUUAGUGGACUCAUUCGUCAGUCAAGUGGAUUCUAAACAUCCUGUCAAAGGUGUAUCGUCGUUUUCUAUAACAUGUACAAACCUGGCAGGUCUACUUCAAGUUUUACCAACAUGGAGUGACUUAAGAAAAAUAAGCCUUUCACAUGCUACUAUCGAUGACGAACGCAUGAUGACUGCCAUACUAGACAAAGUACGAAGUCAUCAACUUUCUCAUCUAGUACUAGAUGAUUGCUAUUUGUCUGACCAGUUCUACCAAAGGCUUCUAAGUGUUCUGCAAAACCAUUUCAAAUCACCAGAACAUGCAUUGGAACUUAUAGAUAUCCAGGCUUCCUCCUCUCCAUUGUCCAUUCUAUCGACUGAAAAAUACAAAGAAAUUCAGUAUGGAGUGAAAAAGUUGAACCUCAGCAUGAAUACUUUCCUUUCUUCUGGUCUGGAAGCUCUCACGACACUUGUUAAGUAUGAUAUAUCUUUAACUCAUCUGAAGCUGAAUGGAUGCUUUCUUCAAGAAAGUCAAGUUUGUCUACUUCUGCAAGCUUUAUCAGAGAGAAAUCAGCUUCAGAUGCUGGGAUUGAGCGGGAAUCUGGUGGCUGAAUCUACCGUGGAGUCGGAGCUUUUGAAUUUUCUGUCUAAAGUCACAACCCUUACAAACCUUACCAUGAAUUACAGCAGACUCAGGCCACAAUUUGUGAGUGAUCCAGCAUUUGUGUCGGCCAUAAAGACUCACCAAAAUCUGAAAGAAUUGUCCAUGAAAAAUAACCAUUUAGGUGUCAGUGCGUGCCAGUUCCUGCAGUCCUUGUGCAACCAAGGGCAGUUUUCUUUGCGGCAUUUAAAUAUUGGAUAUAAUUGGAUCAAAGUUGAAGAUAUGAUAAAAUGUGUGAAAGAAAUUCAAGCUUGCCAACUAAGAGAUGGAGACUGUUAUCCAGUAUUGCAGAGUUUGAUAUUGAGUGGGAACAGACUAAAACCAAGGGAUUUUGAAACUGUAAGAAAUUUGUUCAAGACCUUAGUCGUGGAGUUAGAAAUUAGCAGCAUUGAUUAUUCUGUUCCACAUGCAGAGCACGUAGGCCAGAUGUGAACGCAUAAGUAUAAAAAAAAAAAAAAAAAAAAAAAAAAAAAAAGAGAGAGGUGCAAUUUAACCCUUUUAAAAAAGCUGCAAGAUGCACCGUUCUUUGAAAGGUAUUGAUUUAAAGUAUGUAAUAAAACAUGAAUUAUG